GUUGAUUCACUAAUUCAACUCACACUUCUUAUAAAUACCUUUUUCUCUUCCACAGCUCCCACUCUUAAUCUUAUCAUCCAUCUGUAACCACCACCUCACAUGAUCAACGAACCCUGGGUUGCUGCAGCUAUUACCACCGACGCUCUGGUGGCGGACCUUUUAUUACACAUCAAACGAUCAUCAUCACUGCCUACACCUGCACCGCCGUUGAGCGUGAAUCCUCCAGGAUGGGGCGAUCAUAAGUCUCGAUCGAAACCCUCGGCGAUUUGUAAUUCCACCGUCGGUAAGGGACAGCAACGUCGGAGCCCUAGCACACCGUUUUCAUGGAGCGACGGUUACGAUGAGUCUAGUCGGUGUUCAGAUCAUAGAUCCGGCAAGGUUGAUUUGCAUGAAGAUCCGAAAAGAGAGCGUGAGAGUGGAUCAGAAGUUGAGAAUAUGAAGAGGAGGCGGUGUAUGCUACCGGAUCUAAAUGAGACACCGGCACCGGUCUAUGAAUAAUUUGAAAACAGUUUGUGUGAAUACAUACAAAAACAAUAUUAUUUAGGUAGAUCAAGUUAGUUUUUCUUUAAUUUGGAUAACAUUUAUGUUGGUUCAGUUCUGUUUAUACAUGAAGGAAAACAUGAAAACAUACCUUUGAUUGCAUCA